ACCCCGAGGAUACGGAUGGCAACACGCUAGGAGAGUUGACAAAACCGGAACAACAGGUGAUCUUCAGGGACCGUGUAGGCACAAAAAAAUAUUCUAUCUGAGUAGACGGUUCUGUGAGUUGUGUGUGUUGUGCCGUAGAGAAAAGGAUUUGAACAUUCAACGGAAGCCAACGACUUGUGAAUAAUUUCAGCGAACGGAAACUAGAAGAAAGCGUGUCAGGAGAAUUAGAGCCCGGUCCGGUACUUUUUCAUAUGAAUUAUCACAUGAGUGUAGGAAAGUGACGAACUGUAUACAAUUUCAACUAGCGAGUGGUGCUAUUGUUUGUCCUGUUCCCCAUUCAAAUACUUGCAGUUUUACUUUAAACAAUAGACACGACGAGGCGUUGAGCGUUUUUUUCUGCCAAGCUAUAUUAACAAAAACCUACCCUUCCAAAGGUUUAACAUAAGCACAUCUCAUAUCCACUUACAAGCUGCCACUUGGUGGUCCCAUUCUGAUACAAGUACUCGGAUAGAACGUACGUUGAAAAAAGUGCGAAAUUGAAAAAAAAUCCGGGAAAGCACGUCACUGGCGAAUGAAUUUAUGACGUGGAAGGUCUAUGAAUAAAUUUGUAAAUCUGCAAGAUUUGUCGUAAUCGGUGGUGCUCAGUAUCCGUGCAACUUGUUGCAAGUGAAACCGUCGGGUUUUGCCUCACCAAGGUGGACAGCCAAAAGAAUAAGUGCUUCAUAAAAAACACGGUAGCAUAGUGUUGCGGAUGCAGCUAGAGCAGUAAUAAAUUUUCUUACCAACUCCCAAGCGCAUCGUGAUAAACCUCUGACGAAUUUAGUGAUCUACCGCGGGAGUUAUGGAGGCUGCAAGGAUGUCCGUCUGUAAAUUGCUGUUCUUCGUGGUUUUGUGCUCGGUCCUGCUUUGCUGUCACACGACCAGCGCGGGCCCGGCUCGCCAGCUGGCCAGCUUGGCGGCGCGUGCCUCGAAGAUUCCCCGCUCGAUACGGGCUCCAUUCCGAAACUCGGAAAUGAUGACGGCCAGAGGAUUCGGAAAACGUCGCGCUCCCAUCGGGGUCAAUGUGGGUGGCAGCAGUGGCAGCGCUGGCGUCAAGCACAUGAUUGAAGAAGCAACUCCCUGGAACUACGACAAGCGCGAAACGGGAAAAUUUAUCGAAGAGUUCACCGCAGACAAUGCAGAUCAGGUGCAGCAGAUAAUUGGCGAACAGGAAAGUUUCCCCUUGGACUGGUUCGUUGGCGAGAUGUCAUCAAAUCCUGCUCUGGCGAGGACAAUCCUGCAACGCUUCGUGGACAGCAACAAGGACGGUCUGUUGACCACGACCGAGUUGCUGAGCUCUGGCGCUAGCGAUAGUAACGACCUGUUCUAAGCGUGUGCAUCAACUGCGCAUCAACUGUUGAAGUCCCUGAUCGUGAGCCCCUCAUCCCACCGAUGAUGUAUCUGGAAUAGAUUUUCACCGAAAUUUUACUCAAAUUUACCCAAAACUCUUUCGACGUCGCUGAGUAUUUGUUGAGCGUUAAUCAAUGAAGUCAGAGAGGAAGUCUUGUAUAUUACAAUUUGAACCUGAAUGUUAGCUCUUUCUCUUUGCAGAUUGGUUCUAUGGUUAAUUCGUGAGGUGCUAUGGUUCUAAAGCAUUAGCAAAAAACGUUGAUUUGUGAUGUAGAUAAGUUCAUAAGUAGGCAUAAGAAUUUUGUUUAUGAGUUAUGGUUCAUUCAUAAAGUGCAGCUAAACAAUAGAAAGUACGUUUAUCAUGAUUAGGCUUUGACGGAAUGGAAACUUGGAAAUAACCAAUGAAGGCUGGAUGUUGUGUUGUUUUCAAGAUUCCAUUCAAUCAGGACGUGGAAUGGUCAAGGCGGUCAGCUAUCACUAGGUUGAAAGAACAUUAUCUUAUAAGCAUGUUUAUUGAACAUUAAUAGUUCUUGAUAUUUGUGACAAAGGAGAGAAUGCUACCUUAUUAGCGAGUAGAUAUCAAACCAAAGCACUGUACUAUACAUAAUUAAAUCGCAGAGAAGUUAUAUUGUGCAAGGAAUACCUACAAAAUGCAAUUGAAAAAUAAAACAUGAAAAUAACGGU